CUUGUAUUUAAUAAUAAAUAGCCACCUGAGAGUUUACUGUGGCCCUAUGAAUGCGAGUGUAGUGUCGACUGAUAGGUGGCCGUCACGGGUGUUCGGAGGUCAGGUGGGAAUGUUUAAUAACAAGAGAACACGCCUAUUAUCAAGCUAGCUACUAAACUUUGUAAAGACUUAUUUAUACCUCUGUACACAAACACUCGUUCCAAGUGGACUGUUUCAUCCAGCGACACUCGUUUAACACUGACCUAAGAAAAAGAAAAAAAGUUUUAAAAGGAGCACACAUAUUUUUCUUGUUUUAUCUUUUUUCUUCGUAGUUCACACGAUUAUCCGAGCAGGCAUGACUGGCUUCAGGAAGAUCUGACGAACGAAAACAGAACUGACACGACAGCUGCCGGAGCGAGCGCGAGACGUUUUUUUCCGCCAAUGCUGAGCAGACGACAAGCAUGGUGUCGCGAGGCUUGAGUGACUAGAAAACAUGGAGCCCGAGCGGGUCCCGUCUCCAGCUAGUAAACUCCGUUCGCCAGAAUGAUACUCAAGUACAGGUAUCUACUCGGCGGCUUGGCUGUGUGGGCGACGUUGUCGACGGCGUCGAUUUUGUAUUUCAGUUUCACUAACCUGAGAUACGACGUGGUUAGCGGCGAUGACGAAAGUCCGUCACGCGUGCUGUACGCUGCACACUUACCAGCGGCGCGGAAGAGACUGAAUAAAAGCAACUACAACUACAGCUACAGCAACAACCUCAGCCCCGACGUCGAUCAACUGACAGAGAAAGAUAUGUUCGUAAAUCCCGUACACGUGAAUGUAAACAGAAAUCCGAAGACAAAAAAAACUGUGAUGAAAAACGGAAUGUUUCAGCCAAACUAUACAGACAUGAAUGUGGAUAUGUUUUUGAGGACUUUGAGCAAGCAGGAUAAAGCCGUCUUACGUGUAAAUAACUCCAGAGAACAUUAUCCUUCUUAUUUGAAACAGAUUCGAGAAAAACCAGAAAAACGAAACUCACCCAGACUUCCAUCGUAUAAAAAAUAUACUGGAUCAACUCACUGGGAGACCUUCCACAAGGGGAUACGCCAGGACUCCCUGUAUGACCCCGACGACCCCGUCAUUGAAGCGCUUCUCAAGGACAUAUCUCUUCUACCCAUCACUGAUGUCGAACAAAAGGAAGGUGGGACACAGUUGAAAUUGAUCAUAACCUUUGAAGACGAUGGCCAAACGCUUUUUAAACCAAUGAGGUUUUCACGUGACACAGAGACUCUUCCAAAUCACUUCUACUUCUCAGAUUAUGAACGCCACCACGCUGAGAUAGCCGCCUUUCACCUAGAUAGAAUUCUUGGGUUUUACCGUAUUCCCCCAACCACUGGGCGCACUGUCAACAUGACCUCGGAGCUCAAGCAAACUGCGAACCACAAAUUACAGAAAACGUUUUUCAUAUCACCUGUUAACAAUCUAUGUUUCACCGGAUCGUGUUCAUAUUACUGUGAUUCGGGUCACGCUAUUUGUGGAAAUCCCGAUAUGCUCGAAGGAUCAUUCGCAGCCUUUCUACCGCCUACAAAAAUGGCAUCCAGAAAGACUUGGAGAAAUCCUUGGAAACGGUCGUACAGCAAACACCGAAAAGCAUACUGGGAAGUUUAUGAUGACCUGUGUGAAAAGGUGCGGAAUAGACCGCCAUACAACUCUGGGCGAAGGUUGUUGGAUCUCAUGGAUUUGGCCGUGUUUGAUUUCUUGCAAGGCAAUUUGGACCGUCAUCAUUAUGAGACGUUUGUAGAUUUUGGAAAUGACACAUUCCUUCUUCAUCUUGAUAAUGGCAGAGGAUUUGGUAAACAGACUCACGACGAGCUAUCGUGCCUGGCGCCAGUCACCCAGUGCUGUUUGGUCAGGAAGUCGACCUUCCUCAAACUGGUCAAGUUUUACCUGGGUCCGGACAGUCUGAGUAGCCUCAUGAGACGAUCGAUGGUGGCGGACCCAGCCAGUCCCGUGUUGACGGAACUCCACAUGGACGCGCUCGACAGGAGAGUGGUCAAAAUACUGUCCGUGCUAGCAGACUGUGUUCACAAAGGAAAAUCCAUAAGUAAGGUCAUUGUUGACGACAAAAUCUGAGGUCCCGGUUACCGGCUAUUCAUAAUAAGGAUGUGUCUGUCUGUUGAAACUGUUAUUAAAUUCGUCUUACAGGUAACUGUGCAGGAGGAGUGUCUACAAUGUGGCGGUGAUGUUUCUAAGGGGUGAUGCUCUCCUAAAAUUUUUUAUUUUAAAAACCCAAAUACAUUUCAUUUGGAACAGGGGAGGGGAUGGGGGAACCGAACCAUUUGAUUUCACGGACUCCGUUAAUGUCCAAGCUAUGGGUGGAAUGGAAUUAUUAUUCAGUUAGAAUUAUUAUAAAAAUUGAAGAUGAUAAUUGUUGACUUUCAUGCAAGUAUGAAGCACGUAACCGCUUUCAUACGCCGUUCAUACAGUCACGUGUUUGAAGCGAUUCACUGCUUCAUACUUAAAUGAACGUCAAAGAAUAUCACGUUAUUUACCAAUAAGUGCAACAUAGCCUCCAGUUCACUAGGAGCAAGACAUUUUAAUUACGAGUUUCAAGCGCUUUAGACACAAGUUGUACAUGGUUAGAGUGUUUGUUACGAGUAUCAAGCGCUUUAGACACAAACUGUACAUUGUUAGAGUGUUUAUUACGAGUAUCGAGCGCUUUAGACACAAGCUGUACAUGGUUAGAGUGUUUAUUACGAGCAUCAAACACUUUAGACACAAGUUGUACAUGGUUAGAGUGUUUAUUACGAGUAUCAAGCGCUUUAGACACGAGCUGUACGUGGUUAGUAUGUUUAUUAAGGGUAUCACGCGCUUUAGACACAAGCUGUCCGUGGUUAGAGUGUUUAUUAAGAGUAUCACGCUCUUUAGACAGAAGCUGUACGUGGUUAGAGUGUUUAUUAAGAGUAUCAAGCGCUUUAGACACAGGCUGUACGUGGUUAGAGUGUUUAUUAAGAGUUCACGCGCUUUAGACACAAGCUGUACAUGGUUAGUGUGUUUAUUACGCAGCAUUCUUAACAAAAUAUUCCAUAUUAAAAUAUGAUUACUUUAUUCUGUAAGCAUUGACCUUAAAAGCAAUAAGACUUAUUAUCCUCCAAUAUGUAUUGAAUUACCCUUGUGUUUUAGAUUUAACGAUAUAGCGCAUAAAUAUUAAAACAUAAUUUAUGUAAUGUCCAUCUUGAUCAGACUGUCACAUGAUCUCACUUAUUUAACUGAAUGAAUGAGGCCACAAUCUCCUACUCCCCCCCCCCCUCCACCCCCACCCCCAAUCAUUCCAACCAGUGCUACGUGACAGAUGGAAUGUGCUGUGCCGUCUGUGGGAAAGUGCUUAAUCAAAAAAGAUUGUCGGAUUGUUUUGUGAUGCCCCCCGGCUAUAUACCACGACCGCCUAGGUGAAACCAAGGUGUGCUGCCAGAGAGUGUUCAGUUCAUAUGUCAUUUUGUUACCAGUAUUUUUAUCUCUUUUAUUAACGUCAUAUAAUUACUUUUAUGAAAAUGUGUUCACGCUGCCGUGCUGGUGAAGCGAGGUACAAGUUUAAAACUUGUUCACUGGAUAUUUUAACGUGCAAACAUUCCAUAAUAAAAUUUCCACAGGUUGGUCAAACCGACGGUCUUGAUACCAUGUUUUGGGGAUUGUUUGUUUGUGGGGUUUUUUGUUGUUGUUUUUGUGGGGGGGGGGGGGGGGGGGGG